GCCAAUGAAGAGCGAGUGUUUAGUUUACUUGGUGUUCGCUGUGUUCGUCGGUGAGAACGGAGCUUGUGCGGAAUUGUUAAAAAACAGUUAACUGAAACGGCCCCAGAAACCGAGUACACAUUAUGUUAUGUAACAAUUGCUCCUUACUCUAUUUUUAAAAAGCGUAAUAAUUUGGGAUUCUAGGUUAUGUUGGGGAUGAGAGGCAAGUGGGACUGUAGCGAAAAGGAUGACAGGGUAAAUUAUUUUAAAACUAUGCCAUUGUCGUGUGUCGAUUACCAAUGAUGGUGGAGUAGCUUGCAGCUUAUGCUGCAGUUCGUACUCCUUGCAUUCAGAGAAUGAGUUUUCUCCUAGACUUUGUGAGAAAUACUGUCAUUAAGAUGCUGGAAUUGUUUUGGUUUGGUAAACGUAAAUUGUCAAACUGCCUCAAUAUUUAUGUCAAAACCAAUACGGGUAAGACACUGUCUAUAGAACUGGAUCCAAAGUGGGACAUCAAAAACGUAAAGGAGAUCAUCGCGGGUCGAAUGGGCAUUUCGCCAAGGGACAUAAAAAUUAUAUUUGCUGGGAAAGAGCUGCACGACUCAAUAAUCAUAGAGGAAUGCGACUUAGGGCAGCAGAGCAUUUUGCAUGCUAUUCGGACUCCAGCAAAUCGUCGUAAAUCAGGUAGAGAAGGUCCUUAUGCCGAUGUCAUAGAAGAGUCGUCAGAGGGGUCAGAGUUCAAUGACAGUGGAAGUAAGCCAUUGAAUGAAACGCUGACCGACUUAUCCUUAGAUGAGUCAAUGAUCGAAGAAUCUACAAAACAACAAGAGCAGCAAGGAGGUCGAGCCCAUUUCUACGUAUAUUGCUCUACUCCGUGUAAGUCCAUGGAAGCAGGAAAACUAAGAGUGAGAUGCUCUUCCUGUGGUAGUGGAGCAGUCACGGUCGACAGGGAUCCUCAGUGUUGGCCAGAUGUCCUGCUGCCAAACAGAAUCACCGUUCACUGUGAAAAUGAUUUUUGCACUCUCCCACUCUCGGAUCGAUUCUCUGAGGAAACCUCUUCUCAAGUGCACUUUGCGCAGUUCUAUUUCAAAUGUGCAAACCAUGCCAGCCUUGGGGAGAAGGAUGAGGCUGUGCCAUUGUACCUAGUACGACCUAAUCUUAGAAAGGUACCCUGUCUAGCCUGCACUUAUACCAGAGACACAGUGUUGGUAUUUCCAUGCGAAGCUGGUCAUGUGACGUGUCUGGAUUGCUUUCGGGACUACUGUUCGAUUCGCUUGAGGGAACGUCAAUUCCAGUUUGACGAUGUCCGUGGCUUUUAUACUUUGCCGUGUCCUGCAGGCUGUCCUGAUUCCUUUAUUCCUGAGGUUCAUCACUUUCAUCUCCUACCUGCACAACAGUAUGACAUGUACCAACGUUUUGGUACCGAAGAGUACGUUCUACGUUCUGGAGGACUCCUUUGUCCGCAGCCCAAUUGCGGCAUGGGAAUCAUACCACCAUCAAUGGAUGAAGAGAACGAAGAGAAGUGUCGAAAGAUUCAGUGCAUAGGUGGUUGUGGAUAUGUCUUCUGCAGAAAGUGUUUACAAGGUUUUCAUGUUGGAGACUGCGAGACACAACAACAAUUGUACUUCGGUUCUAAUUCAGGGUCUGCAGGAUAUGCCAUAGAUCCUGCGAAAGCUAAAGAUGCUAAGUGGGACGAAGACACCAAAAAGACAAUACAGACAUCGACUAAACCGUGCCCUAAGUGUAGGACUCCUACGGAACGAGAUGGAGGGUGUAUGCACAUGGUUUGCACUCGCGCUGGCUGCGGCUACCAAUGGUGCUGGGUGUGCCAGACCCAGUGGACCCGAGAGUGUAUGGGGAACCAUUGGUUCGGUUGAUCGGUCUUCCUCUACUGUGAUUCUUAUCAAGUUAAGCAUAAGUAUAGCGUCAGAAAUUCGAACACGUCGCGAUUAAUUAACCUUUAUUUAAAAGUUAAUUAUGUGAGUAUACGUAUAAUUAAUUCAAGAGUGGAGACGUGAAAAAAAAAUGGAUCUUCCCGUUAUUUUUCAGCCAGAAUAGCAGUGAUAUUCCCAUUAAAAUAUGUAAAUAAAAUUUUGGAUUCCACCGUUUAAA